UUACUUUCGGUGUGAUUUGACCACAAAAAAAAAUGAUCAAUUACCUCAAUCUGUUUUAUAUCGAGUGCGCGCUGAUAGUUGUCGGUUUAGGUUCAGUGAUUUCGGACGAUUCACCUGAAGACGUUUUAAAUUACAUAGAUAAUGUGCAAAAGAAACUGAAUGUGACGCAAAACUCGAAUAUAAUAUUAGUGAUCGGCAAUACGGGAUGUGGAAAAUCAACGUUGGUCCACUAUGUGGCUGGUGACUAUAGUCGAAUGUUUGCUCUCGAACCGCUGAAUCCGAACUCAGUCAACUUUGAAAUUCGCGAUGAAUUAGAUCCGGAUAUAGGUCGCAUAACUUUGGCGACGGAAUCCAGGACCCUAAUUCCAGUUAUUUCGACAGACGAAAAUCAUAACGCUUGGAUGGACUGUCCCGGUUUCGGUGAUACGCGCAAUGAAACCGUAGAAAUAGCCACGGCCUUCCUCAUCAAACGUGUGAUUGAAAGUGCGUCGAAUAUGAAAAUCGUAUUGGUUAUGAACUAUAAUUCGGUAACUAACAGUCGCGAUGAUUUCGACAAUCUGUUGUCUCGUGCAACUCAACUGAUGAAGAAUGUUUCGCGAUUUGAAAACAGUAUUUCGUUAGUUGUGACCAAAGCACCAUCAUUCAAAAUGCGCGGACGACAUUAUAUCGACAUCUAUGAAGACAAUAUCAAGAACUUAACCGCACACUUCAUGAUUGAUCAUCGUUCGCUGCUGGAAACGAAAGGAGCUUCUCGAAGCAAAAUUCAAUUAAUUGAAUCUGUACUGGGACGAAGCACUCCAACAAGCAAUAGCAAUUAUUAUCCAAAAAUGUCCGUCUUUUGGCGUCCCGACGAAGCGGGUCCAUUUAAUAAAAUCGAAAGAAUGGUCACGGGACGUCGAUACAUACGGGAAUCUAUUCUCAAUCGCUCUUCAUAUGCACCGGUGAGGAUGACCGACUUUGGAUUCCCAUUAACACCUCAGGCACAAAUAAAAGUUCGUAAUAUGAUACAGCAUACGGUUGAUAGCAUUGAAACAAUCUUACAACACAGUGUAGAUCGACUGAUCGUCGAAAUAAAACGACAAAUUGACCUAGCUAAAUCAGAUAAAAGUCGACUGGAAGUUAUUAACGUCGGGCUGUCGUUCUGCCAAGUAAAGAAAAACGGAAGCGAAGAGAUGACACUUGAUCAACUGACUGAUCAUCUAUCAUGGCUAAGUCGAGAAUAUCAUGUUUCAGAAGCUGAUAUAAAAGAAUUUCAUCGUCUCUCCCGACAUGGCAAAAAUUUAUUAAUUUUGAGUUCGUUGAUUGCAACGGAUAUAAAUUCAAGUCAGAAUUCAAUCAGUUCAGAUUAUUAUUCGUAUUUGGAACAGGUCAAUCAAUUCCUCAUCGAAAAAGACGACGAAAUGCGAAAAGGAAUCGAAAGUAAAGCACGAGAAAUGAAACGAAUGAUUACUAAAAUCUUAAUGGAUUCUGAUCAGCAAGUGCUGCAAGCACUGCAUCAAAAAAUUGAAUCGAUCAACAGCUUUCAGAACAAACUCAAAAUACUGCAAACCGGGAAAAAUAGCAUCCAGUCGAGUGAAAAGGAAAUAACUUUGCAAGGGAGAAUCAACCAGUUGAAAAGGUUAACUUACGCAAUCGAAAUACCAUCGAUCAAUGUGACCGCUCUGAAUUACGUAAAUCGAUACAAAAAGCGUUUAAGCGAACUUAAAUCACUUGUUGGAGCGGAAUUUGAAUUGCCCAUUCGUGAUUGGCUUGCUACCUCAUCAAAUGCCAUCGACUAUCAAGUCUCAACAUAUGACUGGUAUUUGUUUCUAGAGGAAACCUAUCGAUAUUUCAGUGAACACGACAUUUCAAGCAGAGCAUCCAUUAACGAAACUAAUUUUGGAACAAUCACAAAGCGGAUACGACGAAACGCUGAUUUUGAGUCGACACCAGCUAAAAUAAUUGAAAUCAAUAAAAUUAUAAAUAUUACAAUGAAAUCACCGGCUAGUUACAAGUGUGAUGGCGAAAUAUUGACGAUUACAGGACGUUUUAUUCGAAGCUCUGACAUUCGAGAUGCACUCGUGACGAAAUGUUCGACACUAGAAGAUCUAAAAAUGGUAAAAGUGUUUGUUUUGGAUACAUUCUAUGUUGAUUCUGACCUCUAUCUGAACAAAACGAAAGAGAUUGAGCUACAAGUCAUGGCACCGAGAUGGAACAUUCAGAAAUAUGCGAAAUUUCACUUGAAUGGGAAUAAUGGCGAAAGCUACGAUCAACCAGCAAAGGAGGCAUCGGGAGGAAUGCACGGAGAGCCUGGAUUGAAUGGUGGCAACUUUUUCGGCUGGGCAAAUGUUAUCAUCAAUAGUGAACGGCUAUUUGUGGAUGUAAGUGGUGGUCGUGGAGCAAAUGGCCAAGAUGGCACUGGCAGUCCUGAUUCUACUGUUGAGUUCGAUGAAACAGGUUUUUCCGAUUCUGGUACAGCCGGUGGAAGGGGAACGCCAAGUGAAUAUUAUCAUAGAUAUUUUAGACGUCAUGGCUAUCAUCCUAGACUAUUAAACUCAACAGGAGAUGUAACAUCUUUUCAUUUUUUCACUAUUGGUUUGAAUGUUACGCACAGAUUUGCAUUACAUCCGCCCAGAUGUUGUGGCCCAACUGGUGCUGGCGGCAAAGGAGGCUUUGGUGGAGCUGGUGGAAGUGCUCAUUUCAUUCACUCCAGUAGUGAUAACGAAAAACAUCUUCCGAUCAUUAUCUCGAACAAUGGUGAAAAUGGCGAUACUGGUGUGGACGGAAGGCAGUGUGCCACUUUAAAACUUGUGUUGAGCGUCAUCACCGAAAUAGAUGACAACAUUUUCAGAUUCAACUUGAAAAACAAAUUUUUUGACAAACAACUCCAUCAUCACGACGAAUGUCCCAUACAGAGCGGUAUGGUAUUCUACCCCGGAAAUCCCAGACCAACUCGCGAACGGUUACAUGGAUCGAUAAAUUUUGUUCCAUCACUAAUUGAAUACAAUUUAUAUUUGCUGAAGAACAUGAACGAUCCGGAAGACAAUGUGGCUCAAUCAACCUAUGAAGCAAUCAAUUCAGAUCCAGCAAUAAGUUCCGCAUAUACCAUAAAGGAUCUGGUGAUGGAAGCAAACAGUUUGGAACAAAACUAUGCUGAGCUAAGUAAAACCAUCGAAGUGUUGUCACUGUACGAUAAUUUGCUGAAUAGAAUUGAACGAUUCGCUGUUCUGAAGGAUGGAAAACUUUCACGAGGCGAUCAAAAGGUGUUAUCAAUGAUUUAUACGACUAUUUUCAGUAAAACAAAUGGAAUGCGCAGUAGUCACUCAACCGAUUUGAUAAUUAACGUCGGCCGAUUUUUAGAUUUGACCGGACAGAAUGUCAAGAAGUUGAAUGAACUGAAACGUAUCGAAGUAAUCAAUGAACAGCUUGGCGAUUACAACAAUGUAAUAUCGGCCAAAAUUCGAGAAGCCAAAAAUUUCAUUGAAAACGACAUCAAUCCAGAAAUAAGACGAACAAUCCCAAUAUUAAAUGACGAAUUAAAGAAAGCAGUCGAUGAAACAAUUGCAUUGAGGACAAAAACUCGCAAUGAAAUAGACUCUAAAGAAGAACAACUUCGAGUCAUGCGAAGCAAUGUGAAAGCGCGCCAUAUUCUAAGCAUUUUUGAGUUGAUUGGUGAGCUGACCGGAGUGAUUUGUGACUCACUCUCCAAUAAGAUCACCGGCGUUAUUCUAAAAUUUUCGGCACAAAUGCUGAAAACUUAUUUAGAUGAUCCAAAAAUAACUGAGAUACACGAUAUGCCGGAAAGUGUUGAACAUUUACGAAAUAGGAUGCACAAAAAUGAACGAGAAAAGAUCAUGGUGACCGAGAACGAAUUGAACAAAUUGAAGAAAUCGUUGGAUAAUGUAACGAAUCAUUUUACUGAUAACUUGAACCAAUUCAUUACUGAGGCAAAUGCUAUCAAUCUGAGUGGUUCCGCAGUUCUGACGGAAGUGAAUAAUUUCAUAAAAAAUUGCAUCGAAUUUUUAAGAGGAUGGCACGACGUUGCCACAAAAGAACGCAAUGUAACAAUUCAACGUCCUGUACAAAGGGCUCAAUAUGCACUGACCGUGAUUGCAACAUCGUUUCCAACAUACGAACAAAUAUGGAGCGACGAUGAUGAAAUUGGUGAAGUGGUCCAGGCCCUCAAUGAAGACAGUGAAACGUUAGAAGUUCUGAAAAAGCUCGAAGAGGGAAUUUAUUCAGAGUUGAUGCCGUUGGUCGACGAAAUGUAUGAGUAUGCAGUGAACGUCGAAAAAAAUCUCGUAAACAAGUCGUCAGUGUCUCUAGACAUAACUCACUGGAAUGUUAAGCAAACGAUUCGCAAUGUUCAAAAGAAAUUGAUCGAUGAACUGUCCCAAUUCGACAUCGAAAGCAACAUAAACGGGUGCAUGACUCGACUUAACGAGGCAAUGGAAUUAUUGAUUGACAUUUACCAUCGCAUACAGAAUUACGAAGAAGAAUCCAAGUUUGUUACAUAUCUAAGUGAACUUCACAUCACAUCAGCAUCCGAUUCGGAUAUUCACGAUGUCGAGGUGAGGAAGAUGUUCAAUCAAAUGAAAAUGAAUUUGCAGGUAAAUUUGUUUCUUGGUCAAUAUUUUCGGGUCCUUGGUGCAUUCAAACAAGCCCUCUUCCCAUAUGCUGCUGAUUAUUUGGCUGAUUAUGAGCUACCAUCGUCAUUAUUGGUUGGCAAUUUAAAUGAUUCAAUUACUCUAGCGUCUCAACACAUUGAAUCAUUGAGUGAAAAGCUGAAAGAGUAUAAUGAUACAGUCAUCAACGAACACGAUGAACACAUCCAUUCAGCCUUCUUUGACCGGAAUUAUGGAUCGAGGGGGCCAUUUUAUGUGUGGCCAAACUCUGAGAUACACGACAGAGUCCAGCAAUUAUUUACGGGCCAGAAAAUCUAUCUCUUUGCCGAUGUUCAAAACAGCGACACACGAAACGCUGUUAAAUUCCAUACAAUCGCAUUAGGAUUCCAUAGCAAUAAUCUGACGAUGAACAACAGAUUGCAGGAAAUACUGCAAUCAUUUCAUGUAUCGUUGACGCACAUGGGCAACUCAAAUUACCGUUGCAAAGAUACAUUCUACACAAUACCGAGUCGACCAUGGACCAUCAAAUACAGCAUUGGCGAACGGAACCAGCGGCCGGCUGACCGAAACUUAGUGCACGGUAAACUAGCAUCGGGACCGUCGUUAUUGAGUCCGUAUACGCUGUGGUCGGUGCAACUAUUAUAUGGCCCCUUCAGUCAAUUGCAGCAGUUCGUCGACUUCAUAGAUAUCGAAUUGUACGGCAAUGGAUUGUACGUUAUGGAAGAGGCGCCAAUUUGUGAAACUAAUUUGGAGAAAUAUUACUCGGUUAUGGAUAAAAUAUUGUAAUCAAAUAGAAUUAAUUUUCCAUGGAAGUUCUACCAUAGUUUAUGAAAGCAUAAAAAAGGAACCAAAUAUUAACAUUCAAAUGAAUA